UGUACCAGGAACAGUGCUGUAUUAAUAAUCUAAUAAGUAACACUAUAAAUAAUACUAAAAUCAUCUUCGCGAUUGUCAUUCGUUCAUAGUCUGUUUCCUUGGACUUUGGCCGCGGUGGAUUAUUCGAUUAGUGUGUUUGUCUGUGAGCUUGUCCCUACCCAGCAUCUACGACAAGAGUUUUCUACUUCAAACGCGUACGCGAUGGUGACCCGACCAACUCCAGAUUCGGCUAAGUCGACGCACAUCUUGGCCGCUGCAUUGGCGUUACUCUGGCUGGCAGCCGGAGGAUACAGUCAAGAUGCGGUAUCGUCGCCAUGCAGCAACAACAACGCUGGUUGUCAGCACAUGUGCAGUUUGUAUGAGGAUAUUUACAGUGAUUUAGCAUACAAAUGUUCCUGUUACACGGGAUAUCAACUUGCGGAAGACAAGCACAAGUGCGAUUUAAUCGACGAAUUUUUGUUGUACUCGCAAUCAUCGAUCAUAGGAGGAACCCUCUUGAAAAAUAUAUCCGAAGGGUAUACUGAAGCUAUACUGCCUGUGCCCGCUAGGUAUGGGUGCAUGGGUCUAGAUUUCGAUGCUCAUGCCGAUUACAUUUAUUUUUCGGAGUUUGAUUCAGCGAGAUAUAUCUAUAGGAUAUACAGAAACGGGACACAUAGAGAAACUAUAUUAUUCUCUAAGUACGAGAGGAUGGAUGAUCUUUCCAUCGAUUGGGUGACAAAAAACCUAUACUAUAUUGAUACCAAUAAAGGUACAUUGAACGUGUUAAGCACCCGCAACGUGACCAACAAAAGAGUGCUAUUGCAGAACGAAUCCAUCACACGACUUGUUCUCCAUCCCAACAAGGGAUACAUAUUCUUUUCUGAAUAUGGAGUGAGCCGUGUGAACAUGGAUGGUUCAAAUCUGAUCAGUUUUAAAUAUACGGGUUUAUAUUGGAAUAUAGGAUUAGCUAUAGAUUUCGCUGCGGACCGGCUGUACUGGUGCGAACCAAAUCAAAACUUAAUUUAUCACUCAAAUUUGGACUUGACGGAUGUGAUAUCUAUCAAAUCGAGGUGGAUAAAUUCGCCACGGUUAAUAACCACACAUAAAGAUUGGAUGUACAUCAUCAAUAAUUAUGGGAGUAACUCUAUAAUUAAAUUACACAAGCUGACUGGCAAAUUGGAGGACAAAAUCGAGGUCCAGAGCCAUGACGAUGACUUUUCUAAGCUGUACAACCUGAAGAUUUAUAGCAAAUACGAACAGCUUAUCGACAACACGCACCCGUGCUCAAUGGCAGCUAACUACGGUGGUUGUCAGAAACUGUGCUUUGCGGUGCCCUCCAAUAAGUCAAUCACUUCGUCACUAAAAGCGAUAUGCGGUUGUCUGAUCGGCGAGAAGGUUGAUUCGGACGGUAAGACGUGCGUGGACGAAUCGAAAGCCUUGACCGAUUCGAAAGACAUGGUGGAUUCGAAAGCCGUGAUCGUGUCUGUUUCAGGAGACGCCUCAAGAAACAUACAAUAUCGUUAUGUAACUUUUGUUUGUUUUGCGCUAGUAUACCUAUUUACUAUUUAGUUAUGGAUUUAAUAUGGAAAAUAUAUUGUUCAGUUGACUAUUAUUGC